GAGCCGACGGAACAGUGAAUGGGAGCGUGUGUGUCAGCCAUCUCCUCGGCGGCGGCAUCAGCAGCCAGCGCCGGGCAGGCGGGCCCAGGGGCAUCGCCCCAUCUCGGCCGGCACCCUGAGUAAAUAAAUGUGAGGACUCUAAAUAAACAUCUGGAGAUGAGGAAACGGCUGGGACAGAAGUGGAAACCCUAGUAUGUGGGCAGACUCUUCCCAUUCUUCUGGGAGGAAAUGACUAGCUGACUCUUUGGAAAGAACAUUCUCUGAAGUCAGUUCGUUUUGGAGGUGGAUAGCUACUCAGAUUGCAACGAUUACAAGAGUGCUAAGAGCCCACUUCGGAGUCACCAUGGAGGAGUCCUCCCCUACCACGAAGCCCCUGGAGCUGAACCUGCACACUCAUUUCAUCCUUGGCUCUGUGUCUGAGGAUAACUCAGAGGAUGAGACGAGCUCCUUGGUGAAACUUGAUCUGCUUGAGGAGAAAGAGAGGUCUCUGUCUCCUGUGUCUGUUUGUUCAGAUUCCCUUUCAGACUCAGGACUGUCUAAUGUUCAAGAUGGCCUGGCUAGUCAUAUAAGGCCCAGUAUGUCUGGCUUGCACCUUGUAAAGCAAGGCCGGGACAGGAAGAAAGUUGAUCUACAGCGGGAUUUCACUGUGGCCUCCCCUGCAGAAUUCGUUACUCGUUUUGGGGGGAAUAAAGUUAUCGAGAAGGUCCUUAUUGCCAAUAAUGGGAUUGCGGCGGUGAAAUGUAUGAGAUCCAUCCGACGCUGGUCCUAUGAGAUGUUUCGAAAUGAGCGUGCAAUCAGGUUUGUCGUCAUGGUGACUCCUGAAGAUCUGAAAGCGAAUGCAGAGUACAUUAAAAUGGCAGAUCACUAUGUCCCAGUGCCAGGAGGAACAAACAACAAUAACUAUGCAAAUGUGGAACUCAUUCUUGAUAUUGCUAAACGGAUUCCAGUGCAGGCAGUGUGGGCUGGCUGGGGGCAUGCCUCCGAGAACCCCAAACUACCAGAACUCCUCCACAAAAAUGGAAUUGCCUUCAUGGGGCCUCCAAGCCAGGCUAUGUGGGCUUUAGGAGAUAAAAUUGCAUCCUCCAUAGUGGCCCAAACUGCAGGCAUCCCAACUCUCCCAUGGAGCGGCAGUGGCCUCCGAGUGGACUGGCAGGAGAAUGACCCUCAGAAGCGCAUCUUAAAUGUGCCCCAGGAGCUGUAUGAAAAAGGCUACGUGAAAGAUGUGGAUGAUGGGCUGCUGGCAGCUGAAAAAGUUGGCUACCCAGUCAUGAUCAAGGCCUCUGAAGGAGGAGGAGGAAAAGGAAUCAGGAAAGUUAACAAUGCAGAUGACUUCCCCAACCUCUUUAGACAGGUUCAAGCUGAAGUGCCAGGCUCACCGAUCUUUGUGAUGAGACUAGCCAAGCAGUCUCGCCACCUGGAGGUGCAGAUCCUUGCGGAUCAGUACGGCAGUGCCAUCUCCCUUUUUGGCCGUGACUGCUCAGUGCAGCGCAGGCACCAGAAGAUCAUCGAAGAGGCUCCUGCAACUAUUGCUACCUCAGUGGUGUUUGAGCAUAUGGAACAGUGUGCAGUGAAGCUCGCCAAGAUGGUAGGGUAUGUGAGCGCCGGUACAGUGGAAUACCUCUACAGCCAGGAUGGCAGCUUCUACUUUCUGGAGCUGAAUCCCCGGCUGCAGGUGGAGCACCCCUGCACAGAGAUGGUGGCUGACGUCAACCUGCCUGCAGCACAGUUACAGAUUGCCAUGGGGAUUCCCCUCCAUAGGAUCAAAGAUAUCCGAGUAAUGUAUGGUGUGUCUCCUUGGGGAGAUGUACCCAUUGACUUUGAGAACUCAGCCCACGUCCCCAGUCCACGGGGCCAUGUGAUUGCUGCUCGUAUCACCAGUGAAAAUCCAGAUGAGGGUUUUAAGCCCAGCUCUGGAACAGUCCAGGAACUGAAUUUCCGCAGCAAUAAGAACGUCUGGGGCUAUUUCAGUGUCGCUGCUGCAGGGGGGCUUCACGAAUAUGCUGACUCUCAGUUUGGUCACUGCUUCUCUUGGGGAGAGAACCGUGAGGAGGCCAUUUCAAACAUGGUGGUGGCUUUGAAGGAACUGUCCAUCCGAGGGGAUUUCCGAACCACUGUUGAGUACUUGAUUAAACUGCUGGAGACAGAAAGCUUCCAGCACAACAGCAUUGACACUGGCUGGUUGGACAGGCUCAUUGCUGAGAAAGUGCAGGCAGAGAGGCCUGACACUAUGCUAGGGGUAGUGUGUGGGGCUCUGCAUGUGGCUGACGUGAGCUUCCGGAACAGCGUCUCCAACUUCCUGCACUCUCUGGAAAGAGGUCAGGUCCUGCCUGCUCAUACACUGCUGAACACAGUGGAUGUUGAACUCAUCUAUGAUGGAAAGAAGUACGUGCUAAAGGUGACCCGGCAGUCUCCCAAUUCCUAUGUGGUCGUCAUGAACAAGUCUUACGUGGAGGUUGAGGUACACCGAUUGAGUGACGGAGGGCUGCUCUUAUCCUAUGAUGGCAGCAGCUACACAACCUACAUGAAAGAAGAAGUGGACAGGUACCGCAUCACCAUAGGUAACAAGACCUGCGUGUUUGAGAAGGAAAACGAUCCGUCUCUCCUUCGCUCACCCUCGGCUGGGAAGCUCAUCCAGUAUGUGGUGGAGGAUGGGGGACAUGUGUUCUCAGGCCAGUGCUUUGCUGAAAUUGAGGUGAUGAAGAUGGUGAUGACGCUGACGGCAGCAGAAUCAGGCUGCAUCCACUAUGUCAAACGCCCUGGGGCAGUGCUGGACCCUGGCUGUGUAAUUGCUAAACUGCAGCUGGAUGACCCCAGCAGGGUUCAGCAGGCCGAUCUGCAUACAGGCACCUUACCACAGAUCCACAGCACAGCUCUCCGAGGCGAGAAGCUCCAUCGCGUCUUUCAUUGUGUCCUUGAUAACCUGGUCAAUGUGAUGAAUGGUUACUGCCUGCCAGAGCCCUACUUCAGCAGCAAGGUGAAGGACUGGGUUGAGCGGCUAAUGAAGACCCUGAGAGACCCAUCUUUGCCUCUCCUGGAGCUUCAGGACAUCAUGACCAGUGUCUCUGGGCGGAUCCCACCCAAUGUGGAGAAGUCCAUCAAGAAGGAGAUGGCUCAGUAUGCUAGCAACAUCACAUCGGUCCUUUGCCAGUUUCCCAGCCAGCAGAUCGCCAACAUCUUGGACAGCCAUGCAGCCACGCUGAACCGCAAGUCUGAGCGUGAGGUCUUCUUCAUGAACACCCAGAGCAUCGUGCAGCUGGUGCAGCGGUAUCGGAGUGGUAUUCGAGGCCACAUGAAGGCUGUGGUGAUGGAUCUGCUCCGUCAGUACCUAAAGGUGGAGACUCAGUUCCAGCAUGGUCACUAUGACAAGUGUGUCUUUGCCCUUCGGGAAGAGAACAAAAGUGACAUGAAUGCUGUGUUGAACUACAUCUUCUCUCAUGCUCAAGUUACUAAGAAGAACCUCCUCGUAACGAUGCUUAUUGAUCAACUGUGUGGCCGAGACCCCACCUUGACAGAUGAAUUAAUUAAUAUUCUAACUGAGCUGACCCAGCUCAGCAAGACUACCAAUGCAAAAGUGGCCCUGCGAGCACGUCAGGUUCUCAUUGCUUCCCAUUUGCCGUCGUACGAGCUGCGUCACAACCAGGUGGAGUCCAUCUUCCUGUCAGCCAUUGACAUGUACGGACACCAAUUCUGCAUUGAGAACUUACAGAAACUCAUUCUGUCCGAAACAUCCAUCUUUGAUGUGCUACCAAAUUUUUUCUACCAUAGUAACCAGGUGGUGCGAAUGGCAGCUCUGGAGGUGUACGUUCGAAGGGCAUACAUUGCCUAUGAGUUGAACAGUGUCCAGCAUCGCCAGCUGAAGGACAACACUUGUGUUGUGGAAUUCCAAUUCAUGCUACCCACCUCGCAUCCAAACAGAGGGAACAUCCCCACGCUAAACAGAAUGUCCUUUUCCUCCAACCUCAAUCAUUACGGGAUGGUCCAUGUAGCAAGUGUGAGUGAUGUGCUGCUGGACAGCUCGUUCACUCCACCAUGCCAACGGAUGGGCGGAAUGGUUUCCUUCCGGACUUUUGAAGAGUUCGUCAGAAUCUUUGAUGAAGUGAUGGGUUGCUUCUGUGACUCUCCUCCCCAAAGCCCAACCUUUCCUGAAGCUGGUCACACUUCCUUGUAUGAUGAAGAUAAGAGUGCCCGGGAGGAGCCCAUUCACAUACUGAACAUUGCCAUUAAGACCGACUGUGACAUUGAUGAUGAUGGGCUGGCGGCCAUGUUCAGGGAGUUCACACAAAGCAAGAAAUCAGUCCUGAUUGAUCAUGGGAUUCGAAGGCUGACAUUCCUUGUAGCACAAAAGGAUUUCAGGAAACAGGUCAACUAUGAGGUGGAUCAAAGAUUUCAUAGGGAAUUCCCUAAAUUUUUCACGUUCCGUGCCAGGGAUAAGUUUGAAGAAGAUAGGAUCUACCGUCAUCUGGAGCCAGCUCUGGCUUUCCAGUUAGAGCUGAACCGAAUGCGAAACUUUGAUCUCACUGCCAUUCCGUGUGCCAACCACAAAAUGCACCUGUACCUGGGAGCAGCUAAAGUUGAAGUGGGCACCGAGGUGACAGACUACAGGUUCUUCGUGAGGGCUAUUAUAAGGCAUUCAGACCUAGUUACCAAGGAGGCCUCCUUUGAGUAUCUGCAGAAUGAAGGGGAGCGCUUGCUUUUGGAAGCCAUGGAUGAGCUGGAGGUGGCCUUUAAUAACACCAAUGUGCGCACUGACUGCAACCACAUCUUCUUAAACUUUGUGCCUACAGUCAUCAUGGAUCCAUCUAAGAUUGAAGAGUCUGUGCGGAGCAUGGUGAUGCGCUAUGGAAGCCGCCUUUGGAAACUCCGUGUCCUCCAAGCAGAGCUGAAAAUUAACAUUCGCUUGACGCCAACUGGAAAGGCAAUUCCCAUCCGUCUCUUCCUGACCAAUGAAUCUGGCUAUUACUUGGACAUCAGCUUGUACAAGGAGGUGACGGACUCCAGGACAGCACAGAUUAUGUUCCAGGCAUACGGAGAUAAACAGGGCCCUCUUCAUGGCAUGCUGAUCAACACCCCAUAUGUGACAAAAGAUCUGCUCCAGUCCAAGAGAUUCCAGGCACAAUCUUUAGGGACGACGUAUAUCUAUGACAUCCCUGAGAUGUUCCGGCAGUCUCUGAUUAAACUCUGGGAUUCUAUGAGUGAAUAUGCAUUGCUCCCAACACUGCCAUUGCCUUCUGAUAUGCUAACGUAUACUGAACUGGUACUGGACGAUCAAGGUCAGUUGGUGCAUAUGAACAGGCUGCCAGGAGGAAAUGAGAUUGGCAUGGUGGCUUGGAAAAUUACCCUCAAGAGCCCCGAGUGCCCAGAUGGCCGUGAUAUCAUAGUCAUUGGCAAUGACAUUACGUACCGAAUAGGGUCCUUUGGGCCCCAAGAGGACCUACUGUUCCUUAGGGCUUCCGAACUUGCUCGAACAGAGGGUAUCCCACGAAUUUAUGUGGCUGCCAACAGUGGAGCGAGGAUUGGUUUGGCUGAGGAGAUUCGUCACAUGUUUCAUGUUGCCUGGGAAGAUCCCGAUGACCCUUAUAAAGGUUAUAAAUACUUGUACCUAACUCCUCAAGAUUAUAAGAAAGUCAGUGCCCUGAACUCAGUUCAUUGUGAGCAUGUGGAGGACGAAGGAGAAUCCAGGUAUAAGAUAACCGAUAUUAUUGGGAAGGAAGAAGGACUUGGAGUGGAGAACCUCCGAGGCUCUGGGAUGAUUGCAGGAGAAUCAUCAUUAGCCUAUGAGGAUAUUAUCACCAUCAACCUGGUAACAUGUCGGGCAAUUGGAAUUGGGGCCUAUCUUGUCCGGCUAGGACAGAGGACUAUCCAAGUAGAGAACUCCCAUAUAAUCCUGACUGGAGCUGGAGCCCUCAACAAAGUGCUCGGACGGGAGGUGUACACCUCAAACAACCAGCUGGGCGGGGUCCAGAUCAUGCACAACAAUGGCGUGACGCACAGCACUGUGAGUGAUGAUUUUGAAGGCAUCUACACCAUUCUGCAGUGGCUGUCCUAUAUGCCCAAGAGUGUAUCCAGCCCAGUGCCUACCCUCACCAUCAAGGAUCCUAUAGACAGGGUCAUUGAGUUUGUUCCCACCAAGACUCCCUAUGAUCCCCGCUGGAUGUUGGCUGGACGUCCUAGUCCCACUCAAAAAAGCCAGUGGUUAAGUGGUUUCUUUGACAAGGGAUCAUUCCUAGAGAUCAUGCAGCCCUGGGCACAAACAGUUGUGGUUGGCAGAGCUAGACUGGGAGGAAUACCUGUAGGAGUAGUUGCCGUAGAAACCCGAACAGUGGAGUUAAGUAUCCCUGCUGAUCCUGCAAACCUGGACUCUGAGGCCAAGAUAAUCCAACAGGCUGGUCAGGUGUGGUUCCCGGACUCUGCCUUUAAGACUGCUCAGGCUAUCAAAGACUUCAACCGGGAGGGACUCCCUCUGAUGGUCUUUGCCAACUGGAGAGGCUUUUCUGGUGGAAUGAAAGACAUGUAUGACCAGGUGCUGAAGUUUGGUGCCUACAUUGUGGAUGGCCUAAGAGAAUAUAGACAGCCAGUGCUUGUGUACAUCCCGCCCCAAGCCGAGCUGAGAGGAGGAUCCUGGGUCGUGAUUGAUCCCACCAUUAAUCCCCGACACAUGGAGAUGUACGCAGACCGAGACAGCAGAGGAGGCGUUCUGGAGCCAGAAGGGACAGUAGAAAUCAAAUUCCGCAGGAAAGAUUUGGUGAAAACAAUGAGACGGGUGGACCCAGUCUACAGUCGUCUGGCAGAGCGACUAGGCACCCCGGAGCUGAGCCCAGCUGAGCGGAAGGAGCUGGAGACCAAGCUGAAGGAACGGGAGGAAUUCCUAAUUCCCAUUUACCAUCAGGUAGCAGUGCAGUUUGCUGACUUGCAUGACACGCCAGGCCGGAUGCAGGAGAAGGGUGUCAUUACUGAUGUUCUAGAGUGGAGAACCUCCCGUACUUUCUUCUACUGGAGACUAAGGCGCCUUCUGCUAGAAGACUUGGUCAAGAAGAAGAUCCAUGAUGCCAAUCCUGAGCUGACAGAUGGACAGAUCCAGGCCAUGCUGAGGCGCUGGUUCGUGGAAGUCGAGGGGACAGUAAAGGCAUACUUGUGGGAUAACAAUAAGGAUCUAGUGGAGUGGCUGGAGAAACAGCUAACAGAAGAAGACGGCAUUCGCUCAGUGGUGGAUGAAAACAUCAAAUACAUCUCCAGAGACUACAUCCUCAAACAAAUACGCAGCUUGGUGCAGGCCAAUCCUGAGGUUGCCAUGGAUUCCAUCGUCCACAUGACCCAGCACAUAUCCCCUACCCAGCGAGCUGAGAUCGUGCGUAUUCUUUCAACCAUGGACUCGCCUCCUUCAACAUAAGAGGAUCCGGUUCCCGCCCUCUUCCCUUUCCGGUGACAAAAGGCUCAAUUGUGACCACUGUACUGAGAAGCGGCUGCAAAAGGAAGGAUGGUAUUUUUAAUUUUUAAAAUCAGACUGACCAGAGCGAGCACCCACUCUGGCCCCAAAGACAUAAGGAAAACAAACUGCUGAGGAAUUAACUUAUGGCUGGCUGACUGUACCUUAUUUAUUUAACGACGAGUGACUGGACCAAUGCAUCAGCUAGCUGUCUGGCUGCCCUCUGCAAGCAGUAGGAAAAGACAAUGAAGGGUACCGUGGUACCAUGAGGUCUUAGAGCAGCAAAGUAGGGGCUCUUACACUGUGCUCCUCUCCCCCUGCAUCGUUCUAGUCCUUCCCCUCCCCCAGUCUGGUGAUGGUGGUCUUGGUUCAGUAGACAGAUGUGCCAGUAGCAUCAGCAAGUAAGAGGCACUUGCUGCACCAGUGGAGUGCUGGCUGGUCAGGAGUUUGUUAAACGCACAAGGGGAAGAUACAACAACGAAAUGGGAAAAUGGUGUUUGUGGUUCUGUUACGCAGGGGAGGAGCUAAUCCUGCCCUCUCCUCUCCGAUGGUCGCAAGUUUCACUACAUGUCAGUCUUGGGUGUUUACUUAGUACCUGUUGUUUCAGUAUUUUCAUUCCAGGGGCUAGAGCGCAGGCUUUCGUGGUCUCAGAUAGGGCAGAGACGAAGUGGUAGCCUGUAAAUACUUAGGUUACAAUUAUUACUGUUACUGUCAUAAACUGGAUCCUAGAGGUAUGGCAAAUGUUAGCUUUUCCUAUCACAUGGGUUAAUUCCAAUCCCACCCAACUCUGGUCCCCGCUCUCAUGUGGCUGCAGAAGGAAAUUGAUAUUCUAUCUGCACAUUCACAGGCUGUAGUUAAGGUUGAGUUGGCAAUUCCGUUACUUAUUCAAUCCCUAGGUGUAGGAAGCAAACUCUCAUUCCAUAAAGAUGGGGGGAAGUGGCAAUAGUUAACGUCACAGAAACACUGACAUUAAAACCAGCUCGCUGGCUCUUCAUUUUUUGUACUUUUGUUACUGAAAGUGUUUUUAAAACAAAAAAUUCAGCUGCUCCGUCUCUCGGGUGGACAGAGGCAUUUCAGCGCUCGUUAGAAAAAUGUAAAUGGGAGUCUGGGUAAUUUUGUAAAUGACUUUUUUUUAAUUUUUGCAUGUGUUUGUAAACCCCCCCCCCUUAAAUGUGUGGCAGUCCUCCAUCCAUGUACUGAGGAGCUAAUUACUGUCUCCCAUGGACUUGAUUGCUAUUACUGUAACAGCACGGUCUAUUCAAUCAAUACUACACAACAACAAACCCCAGUCACCUUGUUGGCAGGUACAGAAUACACUUCAACAAAUUA